UUCCUAUAAUACCUGGUGGGCCAGUCUCUAGUCAAAAUGCCCGGGCCGAUUCUUUUGUUCCAGUCCAGCCCUGGUUAUAGUUGUAGUUAAAGUCAUAGUUUUCACAUAUAAAUCAGCAGCAAGCCUUAAAAUGAGGUGAAAAAUAAGACACUGCCUAUUUACACAAUGUGAUUUAUUUGACAAAAACUGAACUAAAAUGCAGAAGAAGCUUCUGAACACCUAAGUGCACCCCAUGAUAGAACCACAUUUAGCAGUGAUAACAUAAUUGUUUUCUAUUUAUCAGUCUAGCAUCCACUUUGUUGUACAUUGUUGUUUUAGGCCUCUUUUGAGGUCACACCACCACAUGUCCAUCACCACAUGUGACAGAAUGCUUUGGUACAAUGAGGACCUUAUGGUUGACUUGAAGACUGGAAGCUGCCCAAAUCAUCACCCCUUCACUACCUUGCUUCAUUGUUGCUAUAAUGUGUUUAGUUAUCUCCAAACAUACUUCUAUGCAUGCUGAUCAAACAUCUGGUCGUAUGGUCUCAUCGGUCUGCAAGUUUUGCGGUUUGUUCAGAUGCAGCUUUUUGAACAUAACCUGUGCUGCCCUGCUCUUUUUAGAGUAGAGGAUUUCUCCUGGCAACUCUUCCAAACUUGCUCAGUCUUUUUUUAAUUGUGCUAUCAUGAACUAUCAUGCUGACUGAGGCCUUCAGAGUUUGAGAUGGAGCUCAGGGUUUUUUUUACAGUUUCUCUGAGGGCUGCACGAUGCGAUCUUGGGUGAAUUAAUUGGGAUGCCCACUUCUGGGAAGAUUGUGGCAUUAUGGUAACAUGCACCUGAAUGCUUCAGACCAGAAAACUGCCAAAACGUCUGCUUUUACACAGGCGAUUACUCUUACUAAUGAUCAGUUAAUAAAGUGUAUUUAAUAAGAAGCACCUGGUUGCUACUUGUCCUCUGAAGUCCUUUUGAAGCAACUUUAGAAAAGGAAGCAUAUACUCUCUGUUUCACAUGACUGACUGUACUAGACUGGUCUUUUUUUGUUGUGUAUGAUUAAAGGGUGUGGAAGUGGAGCUCUAUCACCUCUGCUUGCCUUUCUGUAUUCACUGUACAGUACAGUAGGAGGGUACUGAGAUGAGACACACACAAAAAUAUAACUCUUGCAGUAUCCAAAGCAUGUUUGCUGGAGACUGAAAGUCGUGUUGAUCAGAUCUCACAUCUGUUUCGCUCAUCACACAAAUGUGUUUUAAAUUAAAAGCAUUCUUUUGAUUCAGUAACUAGAAACAGUCAUUGAUUUACUUUGACACUAUAGUCAGGCUUGCUUAAAAGCAGCCAUCUCACUGUUACUGAGCAGAAAAAUGUGAGUUUUGGUAUUUUUCCAUUUGUGGUCCUUUGUGGCUUCUUGUCUUUGUUGAUCCUUAAGAGCUGGGCUGGAAGGGUUAAACAUUUAGCAAGAUGUGGCGCCUCCCUUUAUGGCUAGUCUUCUGCAUGCAAUAGGAGCUCUCUGUAUUUUCUAUUCUCCCCUCAUAAUGGCUGCAUGGCUGUCCAGUAGACUGGUGAAGAGAAAAUGCAGCUCACUGCUGCCGUGCCCUAUCUCCCUGGCCCCAGUCUGCUCCAGAGGGGUUGCAAGGGUCUCCCCUGCCUCAGGGGCCCUCUCCACCAUCCAGAAAAAGCCUCAGACAGUGGAAGAUCUCCCACAUGUCAGCUUCUUGGAGUUUCUUUGCAGAGUGGUGUUUCAGGGUUUCCAUAAACGUAUGCAUGAGCUUCAGAUCUAUGAGAAGCAGCUGUAUGGGCCCAUUUACAGAGACGGACUCAGAUCAAUAUCCUUGAGCACCCCAGAGCUUUUGGCCGAGCUGCUGAGGAAGGAUGAGAAGUUCCCUUGUAGAGGAGACAUGAGUGUGUGGAGGGAAUAUCGUGACAUGAGAGGAUUCGGCUAUGGACCUUUUACAGAGGAUGGAGAGAGGUGGUACAAGCUGAGGGUGGUGCUUAACAAGCGGAUGCUGCAUCCGAAGGACUCGGCCCAGUAUUCUGGGAUUAUCAAUGAUGUGGUUAAAGACUUCACCAAGAAGAUGCGCAGUCUGUGCCAGUGCAGCCCAACAGGAGACUUUGUGACCAACAUUGCCAAUGAGCUUUAUCUGUUUUCACUAGAAGGAAUUGCCUCCAUAUUGUUUGAGACAAGGCUUGGUUGUCUGGAAGAGGAAAUUCCUGGUGGUACACAAGAUUUCAUCAAUUCCAUAGCCCAGAUGCUCUCCUACAACAUGAUAGUGUUUAUUCUUCCCAAGUGGAGCCGGAAUCUGCUGCCCUACUGGGGACGUUACAUUGCUGGCUGGGAGGGCAUCUUCAGCUUUGCCAAAAAAUUGAUUGACAAGAAGUUGGAGAUGAUUCAGCAGCGGGUUGACAACAAGCAGGAUGUGGAGGGUGAAUACCUGACAUACCUACUCUCAAACACGCAGAUGAGCACUAAAGAUGUGUAUGGCAGCGUCACUGAGCUCCUCUUAGCUGGAGUGGACACGACCUCCAACACUCUCACGUGGGCUUUGCACGAGCUUUCCAAGAACCCUGAUAUCCAGGAAAGACUCUAUAAAGAAGUGUCCACUAUGGUACCAUUAGACCGGAUCCCCACCGCUGCUGACAUCACUGGCAUGCCAUAUUUAAAGGCAGUUAUCAAAGAGACGCUGAGGAUGUAUCCUGUUGUUUCUAUGAAUGCGAGGAUCAUUGCAGAAAAGAAUGUUUCUAUUGGUGGAUAUGAGUUCCCAAAAAAAACGCCGUUCACCUUUUGUCACUAUGCCAUCAGCCAUGAUGAGGACACAUUCCCCGACUCGUUCACAUUUAAGCCAGAGCGAUGGCUCCGAGACGGCCGUGAGAGGCCAAACCCCUUCGGCUCCAUCCCGUUUGGCUUUGGAGUAAGAGGCUGUGUCGGUCGCAGGAUUGCUGAGCUCGAAAUGUAUCUCCUCCUGUUUCAACUUAUCAGGCAGUUUGAAAUCAAACCCGACCCCACACUGGGAGAGCUGAGAUCCAUCAGCCGCACAGUUCUGAUACCAGACAAACAACUAAAUUUGCACUUUGUGGACAGAAGAUAAGAAAAGACAGCAGACUGAGUGAUGGUGGUUUGUAUUAAGUCAGUGAGACGGGAGCAGAGGAUUUUAAACCUUUGUAAUCACAAACUGAAAUGCCUAAACUCAUCCAAUUUUAAAUGUUGUGUCAUCAAAGUAACGCUAUAAGAGUUCAACUUAACACUGUUCCUCUAUGUAUGUACUGCAGCAGUCAGCUUAUAGUUCUGUAUAUCCAUCCUCUCAUAAUAUCUUAGUGUACUUAGUGAUAUAAUAAUAAUUCUUUAUUUAAAACAGACAGUGCAGUUUAACAUAGUCCAAGUAUAAAACAUAAAACUGAUGUGCUGCACAUAACAUUACAGCUAUAGCUAAUUUUCAACAAUUGUCCCUUGUUGGGCUUACAUUCACAAUACACAGAGUUAAAACAUACAUUUUCAUGAAACCAAAAUACACCAUGAAUACAGCUACAAUUAACAGACAAUGUAAAAACAAACAAACAAACCCCACAAAAAAAAGAUUAAUUGAAAUCACUACAGCUCUGAUUUCCCUUUAACUAACUUUUAACCUUCAAUGUAAAGGAACUAAUAUCUGUAAUCAAUUUGAUAUCAGAUGGAAGUGUGUUCCACAGAUGGCAAGCCUUUAUGGAAAACGCUGAUUGUCCAAAUUUAGAUCUGCGAUAUGAUAUUUUGCGGUUGCCAUUCACUAUACUCCUAGUAAUGCGAUUACUAUCUUGUCUUUGGAUGCAUCUAUUAAGACACUCUGGGACCAGCCUAUUUAUACACUUGAAGGGUAAUUUAAGACAACACAAGUGAUUGAAGCUCCUAAACGAAGUCAAUUAUAUUUCUUUAAAAUGUGACAAUGAUUCCACCAAACAGAUUUUUUAUCCAUUAUUUUCAAAGAUUGAUUAUAUAAGGAUGCUGAACUGUAGAUGGUGCUGCUUGAGUCCAAACUGUCAUAAAAUAUGAAAAAUGAGAGAAUAUCAUGGAAUGUGUGGAGAUCAGAGAAAUACUUUACUGCUAUUGUUCAUGGUCAUCAUCAUUAUCAUUGCAUUAAUAACAUAAUCUACAGCAUUGAUAUUGUAUUCAGAUGUUUAAACAUAUUGGCACCCAAUUAGCCUUUAUUACAGGUGCAGUUAUAACCACUUUAAACUGUUGAGUUAAAUCGAUAAUCUUAAAUGCUUUGGAAUGCUUUUCAUAAUCUUAAAUGUUUAUAUGUAGAUUACAUUGCAUUAUAAAAGAAAGGCCUAACUCGGAGUACACUCUGUGCCAAAGUAGACAGGAAGCGCAGGCUUUUGCAGAGCGUCCUUGUGAAAGUGAAACUAAAGCAGAGUCUAAGUGUAAGUUACUUUGAGGAGCUGUUGGGAGGAUGCUAUUUGACUAACCAGGCUAUUCAUUAUUGUCUUUUAUUCAUUUAUAUAUUUUGAUUAAGCUUUUAGUAGAGGUUCUUGAUUAAAACAUUUAUUCAACAUAUUACAGAUAUAGUUUCAGUUAGGUUAUUACACAGAAGGAUGAGCCUCUGGUCUGGUGGAAAGGUUAUAAGGUUUAGCUGGUGAGGUGAGAGGUGAAACUGAGUGCAUUUCAGGUUGACACAUACACACCCACACACACACAGUAGAUAGACUCAUUUUUAGGUGAGAGGUUAAUCAUAUUUUGCUUGUGACUGCAAAAUUGUGCCUACAAAAGAACAGUUUGUUGCAGAACUGCUGCUGAUGUUCCAGACGAUAAGCGAGCGUCCGGCAGCGACAGGAAGACACCUGGCAUGGAGACGAGGCGAUGUUGCUUUUUCAAACUGUGUUAAAAGUCAUUGUGGUUUUGAAACUUAUGCAUGUGAUGACGCAUGAGGGGGCGUCAUAAAUUUCCCUGAAGGUAUUAAAAACAACUGAUUGUGUAUUGUUCGAGUGAGAUCGAUGCUGUCUGCGUACAGUGUUCAUCUGCCACACGUGUGUUCAUUAAACUCAUCGUUUGACUCCA